AUGCGCAGCAGUCCGGGCGGACUAUUAAAUCGUGGCGGUGCUGAGCCUGAGCCUCAAAAUAAACGCAUUCACACCCUGAAGGACCGUCUGUUACUCAGCCCGAAUCUCUCGUUCUCUCGUCGUGGAGAAAUUCGGGUUUCGUUCUCUUCUAUGUCUGACGGCCAGUAUCGAAUAGCCCCGGGAACCGUAUGGCUAUUCUUGGCGGUGGUGAUACCGUCACCACAUCAUGGAAUACCACCUACACGGGGCAUUCGAACGGAAUAUGAAGCGGACGAUGGAGGCAAAAUUCAUCGGAACAGUCCGUCAUUUUUGGACCACAUUAUGGGACCAUUCUACAACCUGGCAAAUGGAAACUCUCAAGUUGGGCUUUAUGCCAGAAUCAAAGAAUGGAUCUCUGGAACCUGUUCCAAACAACCGUAG